UCCUUUGUAAUGUGGAUCUAAAAUCAGGAAUUUGAUAUCUCCAGUUGUCUCACUCCAAUUCACUCCAAGAAUCGUAUGUGCCAGCACACCUCCCCCUGAGCAAAGAAAAAGCUCUGGUCCUCCCACUCAGUUUCUGUUGCCUGCAGCAAUAACACGCCUGUAUACCCAUGUGACCUCUGCAGCCUAUUACUGGCCUCAGCAGCCACUUAAACAGGGACUGGCAGAGCUGACCGGAGUGACGCUGGAACAGCAGGGGAAUAAACCACGCUGCUCUGGUUCUCCCGGCUGCGCCAGUGACACCAUGUUGACAACACAAAACCAUUGCAGCCAAUCACGGACCUCAUCGGGUGCACCACUGAAGCCAGUCACAUGUCAACACGACGUCACCCCUGCACCAGAACUGGAGUGGCAGUGCCAGAUCUGUGAGGUUACAAGGCGUGUUAUCUCUGCACUUCCAACAAUGCCUACAGAAGGAAAAUCAGAUAUGGAUAGGAUCGGUCUGUUCCGUGAAAUGGGCUACAUUAGUAUAGGAGACAAUUAUGUCACUCCCGGUUCUAAACCAUUUAAUGAAUCUGCAAGUAAGAAUAGACAGAUGCUUCCUGGUGGUGCCAAAUCCAUGGAAAACACAUUAGGAGGCUACUUUGAUACACAGUUCAAAAGAACUUUUGAAGGAGAAGCCUACUCAGAUCCAUUAAAACAUAGGAGACAGUAUCGUAUGCAGCAGGCCAAGAAGAACUUAGGAAAAGCAUUCCUCCCAUCUAAUGGGGAAAAAAAGCCAUCUGGAGCUGGCAGCUUUUAUGGGACACUGAGUGGUCCAGUUCCAGCCCUCAGUGCAGAAGUGAAACCAAGAAAAGCUUAUACUGCACCAGGCAAAAAUCUCUACACAAACCCUCCUAAGCAAGGCACAGGAUUUGGAUACCCAAACCUCACCAUUGGCAAAAGCUAUACGUAUUCCUCCGACAAUUAUGACAUAUCCAAAGAGCUCAUGAGGAAAGAAAUGGACAGUCACAAAUCAAAACUUAAAAGUGGCGCUUUUAGACUAAACCUUUAUCCGAAGGAAUAUUUUGACAUAAAUCCCUACCGGUCGGACAAGUCUUUACCACCACUGAAGAGUAAGACUGAGAAAAAAGUUAAUGUGAAGCCAUUUAAACCAAGCUCACCUGCUAAGGCGCCAGGUGGCAUGAAGGCAGGAACAUUUGACCCAUAUCCAUCUCACUCCAAUGAUUCUUAUGGAAAAAGACCUACAAAGAGUGCAAGUGUUGUCAGAGGAGGGAAGACUUUCCAGCCUCCAGCGGGGCCCAAAUCAUAUCCAAUAAAAAGCAUAUUGGAAUCACAUGUUAUAAAGUUAGUGACCCCAGUAAACUACAAGACAGUAACUCUGAUGUCAUACUGAAGGCUGGUCCAGUAUCACUAUGUUUAAUGCCAAUGUACACGUGACAAUGUAAAGACAACCGUUCCAUAAAGCACAUGUUCAGUUUAUAUUUUUUUCUAAAUAAAAUACAGUGUAA